AUGGCUCCCUCAAAGGAGGUGACUAACAUUCUUUUCGUGCCGUACCGACAAUCGACGUCACACAAGGCUAAGUUAAGCUCGACCGUCGGCGACGACAUCUCUCCGCAGAAGCAUGCGGCUCGAGAAUAUCACAGAAAAGCCAAAGUGAUACGACAGCAGGCUGAGUCGAGUGCUCAGAAGAAACGCCACUCGCGUAAGAAGCACCCACAAUCUGAGGGUCGACCAAACGCUGGUUCAAAUCCCAAGAAGGAAAGCGUUCUCGAGGAGGAAAAUCACACGAAGGCCCUCAAAGUGAUGGACCCUGGUGCUGGUCAACUGGAUCCUUUCAACAUAGUCAUGCCUAGUAAUGUGCCUUCUUAUGUGUUGGAAAUGCUUGAUUAUGGUGUUUCGAUUCUUCAAUCCGGUAUAACACUCUGCCUCCUGCACUAUCCUCCUGUGAUCCCCACCGAGCAUACAGCAGCCUCUCUGCACGCAGCGGCAACCAGCAAAUCUCCGUCCAGCACCGUCUCGGCACUAGGAAACCUGCGCGAUGUUGUCGUCAGUUGCGCCCUGCAUUCGCCAGCCUCCUUUUACACCAUUGCCCUCGCUGGUGCAACGCACAAAUCUUAUUCCACCGAGACUUCACACAAAAUCAAAAUCCUCCGCUUCCACUACGCAGUCGAAGCUGUAAAGCAGUUGAACCAUGAACUCCAGACACUCGACGGUGACCCAGCAGACGCACUACUCUUCUGUAUCAGUCUUCUCGCUGCCCACGCCUCUUCCGGUGAGCAGCUCUCGACUCCUGUCAAAGAGCAGGCAAAGUCCCCACUUGCUACUGCUCAGACACAGUACUAUGGCAGUCUCCGCUGGGAGGAUGCGCACAUGAAAGCCAUCCGCCUGCUCGUCGAGCGCAAGGGAGGUAUUCACAAGGUCAAAUUGCCUGGCAUUGCGAAUGUUCUUGGGCUUGCCGAUAUAUUUAUGUCGUGGCUCAGCCUGAAACGUCCAGCCUGGCCCCUUCUUGCGCCCACGAGUCUCGUCCUCUCCACAUGGCCUGAUCCUCCACCAGCUCUGACCCAAACACUCCUGAACAUGACGACUGGCUUUGCACGACUACCCAAAACCCUGACUUCGACGGCCUUGUUCGAUGUGGUUGCCAGCGUCCGGACAAUCACCAUCGGAUAUGACAUGUAUCUCUCCCAGCAACCUCUCGCGCCAUCGCUCGUACAGAUCCUCUGGUCCAGGAACAGUGUCACGCAUGACUUGUUGAGCCUAAAUACGAGUUUAACAUCGGGCGACCUGGCUGCGGCGGCGGCGGCUUCCGCUCAAGAUAGCGAGGAAUUGUCGACGCACAAACGGCGAGAGGCUGGGGUGGCAUUGGACGUCUCGGAAAUGCAAGCGCUGUACCAGGUCAUCCGUCUAUCGACGCUAGCGUAUACUUUGCUUGUUUUGUUCCCGAUGCCGAGAGUCGGGGGGGUGCAUGCGGCACUGGCGAGGCAGAUCAUGGCCGCGGUGAAGACUUGCAUGGCCUUGGGAUUGUGGGAGCGCCGGAUGCAAGGGCAUGAGGAGUUACUGCUCUGGGCGACGAUGAUGGGCGGCAUGGUCGCGAACGAGAAUGCGCCGGUCAGGGAGUGGUUCGUGAAUGUGUUGACAAUGAAAAGCCCCGUGCUGUGUGAGAAAGACAUGUGGGAGGAGGUACGCGGAGUGGUCACACAAUACUUGUGGUUCGAUGGGCCCGAGUGCGACGGCGUCGGGAGGGAGGUGUGGAUAGAGGUCUGCGAGAUGGGCGAUGAGGGCGGUGGGUGAGGGGCAAGCCGCAGACAGGCAGGGAGAGUCAAUGUCGACGACGCAGAUUGACACAAUGGGUACAUGAUGGCUGGUAUCCUCGCGCCGGGACAAGGAUCAUUGACAUGUGGCGAGAGACUGAAAACUA